AUGGCAGGCAGGACUUGUCGUUCGCAGGCAUCACAGAGGGUAGAAAACAGCCCCGCUUGCCCAGGUGUCGUAAAGAAGCGCGACCAAACUGAGAAGCUUAAAGUCUCCUUCUCAAAUGUCACUUACAAACAAGUUUCACCUUAUGUUUGGCUGAAUCCAAAUGAUGCCGGUCGAGACAAUGGUUGUCUAGAAGUCUUCCGUUCCCGGAUUCCUACUGGUAUGUUCCAAGACAUUGUCAAGGAUGUUGAAUUAGCUCUCAAACAGUAUGGACAGUUGGAGUCUCAUGACAAUGAAGAAACCAGGUCUCGUUUCCUUGCAUCAUUGUUCAAUAGAAUCAUUGCAAAAAAAGGCAGGAUUGAGCAUCACUUUGUUGCUGUUGAUGCAAUUAGUAUUAUAUUUAUUGAGGUGAAGAAAAUCCUGACGACUGGAAAACAUGCACUUGACACAAAAGGUCAGGUUCUGGCUGAAUGCGCUGCAUGCGACUAUGCCAACUAUAAGGAUGGGCACUGGGUCCCUAUCCUUGCAAUUCUAUGCGAUGGCAACAAUUUUGAGUACUUUGUUUAUGACUCUGGAAACAAGCGCGUAUACACGUCUGGGAGGGUAACUGGCAUCAUUUCUGACGAACAGGAGAGCACAGCAGAGUUUCUUUAUCCUACCAAGAAAAAAAUGGGCGAGAGCCCUGGCCAAGGAAGAAAUGCACACUGGCUUCUGAGAGAAGCUGCUAAAGCAGCUCAAGAAGGGCGCUUCAAGGAAUCCGAAACCAUGGCAAGCAAUGGUGUUGAAAAGCUGAAGUUGAGUGUUUCCGAGUUGCCGCGUCAGCUGUAUAACGCAGGGUUUGAUACCGUAUGGGAUGGAACUACGAGCUUAGAAGAGGCUCUCAAGGAUCGUGGCCUCUUGAUUUAA